AUGGCAGACUUGCGAGGACAUCCAGGACAUUCGAGCCUGUGGCCAAGUUAUGGAGGCUCCGUACACAUACCGGGUCGAGUGGCAGACCCUAUGCCUUCAACUUCUUCGCCACUCCCAGGGCGAACCAGCAGUAACCACAACGAGAUGGACCAGCCUUCUUAUUCCUACAAUCGAUACCCUCAGGAAGACCAAGAAGCAUACGAUAGGCCCACGCACGCAGAGAUUGUCUCCCAUCACGGCUAUCCAAACUUGAAAAGGUCUUUCUCUGAAGCAGAACCCCCUGCCUACCAAGAAAUUGUUCAGGAUCUUCGUGACGACAACUCCAAGAUGUCAGCAAGCCACGAGCACAAGCUAUUGGCUUUCAAGAGGACUCAGGACAAGCACACAAUCGUCGAUCAGCAAGGGCGCAUGCAGCAGCUCGAACUUUCGGCUCAACUCCAUGGGAUGUUCUUUCUCUCCGAGAUGCCUGCGAACACAUCCGACGGUUCACUCAGACAGCCUGAGUUGACUUGUUACCGGAGGAAUCUGUUCCAGAUCAGCGGUACUCUUGUUACCCCACGAGGUCAACUUUCCGUCAUCACAGAAUCUGGCGAGACCGUUGCAGCCAGCAACAUGGAAGUUACCAUCUCUGCCAUCGAAUCAGUUGAUGGAAACCCAGUUAGGUUGAUCGUGAUCCCUUGGAAGACGCCUCCACCAAACUCUCCUGAGACAAACCAGAGCCCCGAUCAGGAGCCACAAUCGCUACCCUUGAUUCCUUUCCAAGACGAUGGAUCGGAAUCUGAUGGCGAAUAUGCCGUAUACCCAAUCGGUUGGCGCCGACUCCAAUUUAGAAUUGCAACCGCAAACAAUGGUCGUCGGAAGGAACUACAACAACAUUUCGUACUGCACCUGAAGGUGGUUGCGACAUUGGCCAAUGGUACCAAGACUGUCCUCACGGAAUCGACAACAGCACCUAUUGUAGUUCGGGGCCGAAGCCCUCGCAACUUCCAAGCCCGCAAGGAAAUUCCUUUAUUAGGAUCGAGUGCUGGCUCUCGAGGACAAGCUCUGGUGGAGACGGGGUUGGGAGUCGUUGCUGGACCUUUGAGCGCAAAGCACCAGGAGGCCAAGCCGAGAGGCAUUGAUGCACAGCUCCCACGCACUGCCUUUACCUUCAAUGCGCCAAAGAUGCCAGGCACCCAGUUGGGCCCAAUUCGAUCCAAUUCGUAUCCGACUUGGGGAACCCCUCAAUCUCAGGUACCUCUGGGUCACGUCCCGACUUCUGGCGCUGAAAGCUACCCAGCAGCAUCAAUGGGGGGGCCUUUGGCAGGUACUGCCAGUUACCCUGCCGAAUCGCAAGGAAUGCCCCUUCAGUCAUCUAUGGAGCCUCCUGUGCCCCUGUCCAUGGUAUCUAACGACUCGGAGCACCCACCGGUCCGGUCACAGUAUACCUAUAAUAUGCAGUCGACAACUGCCCCACCACAACUAUCGAUACACACAACUCCGCUCGGCGGCCAUGAGCAAGCGAUGAACAUUCCUCGCUAUGUCGACAACCCGAGGCCUCUGAAAAGCCCACGGCACAUGAGCCAUCCUUCGAUAAGGAGUGCAGGCUCGGUAGCAAACAACGAAGCGUCUCCAGAAUAUCGAUACGCCCCGUAUGCUUCUGUUCACCAGAGCCCCAGCGAGGUUGCGCAGCCGAAUUACAACCCAGAAACGUCUGGACCACCCUCAGUACCCGCAAGGGAGUACUAUACGCCCUCGCACAGCUGGACAUCGGCAGCUGGCGAACACAACACGAACCUGGCAUAUGCCAGCAACGAACCUCGACCAUACCCAUUUCCCCAAGAAGAGUACAAGAACACAACCACGGGAGCGUCGCCAACGAAGACGGAGUCCAGUCAGUCGCAGCCCCCAUCAGUCUAUAAUGGGGCUCCACGUGGCUCUUUUGAUGCCAUGCAUCAGUAUUCCUGGAACGGGAACUAG